AUGGGUUAUUACACAUUCUUGUACUGGUUCUCCUGGCGCCUUUUUAUGGCCCUUCUGGCCCAUGCCAACUGGUCGGCGGCAGUCUACGUGAAGUGCGUCUACUUUGUGCUGUGGAAGUCCUAUGAUCUCCUCUGGUUUUGGAUGCAUCUUAUCCUUUGCAUUUGCUUCGAACCUCUCAGAUCCGAGAAUUAUUUGCUGGUUUGGUGUGUGAUCAUGUACAAGAAGUGCACCACAGACAAGAACAGGAGCUUUAGAGUGAGUUGAAGUGACUAGUAGACUAAAGACGAGACAAUUUUAGCAAAUUUAUCAAGCCACCUACAGUAAGAGGUUUACGAAAUCCGAAAGAGAGCUGAAAAAGAUCGAAACAAUCGAGCUGGCAGAAGAUUCAGACGACGAAGACGAUCGUUCUGACCCCGGAAGUAUCUAUCCGAGAAUCUCGACUGACAGUGAUCAACCCAGAUCAUCCAAAGUCAACUUUACAGAGCGGUUGGAAAGCGAGGGAUUGAUGGGAAAUGAGAAAAAGCCAGAGAAAAAAGGGAUUUUGAAGAAAAUCAAGAUCCCGGAUGUGGUCAAGAACAGAUUCAGCAACAUUUCCAAUGGCUCAAGUACCCCGGAAAAUGACGGGAAAGACAAGAAAUUCCAAUUACAAAAGUUAUUGCCUCAGGCAUUACAGAAGACUGAAGAAGGUGAGGAUUGGUUUAUUCCGGUUUUUUAGUAUCCGAAUGUUUCUGAUCUGUUUCAUUGUUCAUGUAAAAAUUUAAAGAUCCAAAAAAUGCUUUUCAUAGUUUCUAAUCUGAAGCAAAUUUUUAGAAGCUGAGUCAGAACGGGAAGAAAAACGGCGGAAAAAGGAAGAAAAACUGAGGCUCAGGGAGAUCAGACAGCGGAGGAAAGAGUACCUCAAGGAGCAGGCGAAAAUUGAACGGAGGUAAAAUACGAAUUUAAUUUUAUUAUCGAUGUUUAAGUUUUUUUUAAAUCUUUUACCAUAAAAUAAAAAAAUGUUGAUUUUUCAAACAAAGAUUAGCCCAAAACUUUUUUCGUAAAAUACGAAUUUAUCGCCAAAGUAUACUUUCAGACGACGUCUAAUUUCCGACUCCAUUGACAUCCUUCUCCAAUGUCUCCGAUUAUUCACUUCUUUCGCCAUUUUGGUGGGAAAUAUCCAUCGAAACUUUGUCCCCAAAUAUCUCCGAGAUGAGAGUGAGCAUCUGAAUAAUCCAGAAGUUAUGAUGGCCUUUACGUAAGUCGCUUUGACAUUAAAUUGGGCAAAAAUUAACAAGGGAAAUUCUCAAAAUUCAAAACUCGGAUAGGGACUAUGGAAAAUGAGGAGACACGGUCAGGGAAAAAAUCGGCCUGAUCUUUGAAGUUUGGCCAAAAAAUUUCUAAAAUACGAUUUUAAUCAAAUUCAAAAUGAUUUAUUUUUUUCAGUCUAACCAUGACACUCGACAUUCUUUUGUUCUGGAUUUCGACAGCGAUGACCUACUUCAAGCAAUGCCGUCUCUGUUGUCGCCUCGGAUUAUUCAAAUUCUGGCUCUGGCUGGCGGCUUUGUUCUUCCUGGGAGGCGUCUGUAUGUAUUAUCCAAUGCAUUUGGCCCAUCCUCAGAUGUCGCUGAACUGGUGCCAGUUUGAGCCGGGAACUCCGAUUGGCGAUUUUUUGAAUGAUGGAAAGAUUUUUGAUGAUGAUUAG